AUGGCUGUGUCUGCGAGCGUUGCGAGGCUCACCAAUACCCGGCCUCUCGAUACUACGAUGGUCUUCUUCAUCCCGGUCCUCCUGGUCAUCGCCGGCGUUGCCCUCGUCAAACAAGCCAAGGAGCACAAAAAGGAGAAGCGCAGCUUGAAGAUUAAGAAUGCCACGAAAGGCCACGGGACUGUCUACUACAACGCUGCCGCUCAAGACACGAAGCUUCAGGACGGCAUGGAGCAAUCGGAGGUGUUGCCAGUAUAUCGCCACGUCGAUAAUGAGGAUGUGACGUUACCGGUUUACAGCAUGAAGGUCGCCUCAUGA